AUGAAUGAAUAUGAUAUGAUGCAGGUCCUGGCGGAGGUGAGCAGGCUGAUGGCACUGUACAAUGACGAGGUGACGAGCAUCACGGUGACCGGGCACAGCCUGGGCGCGUCGCUGGCGACGCUCAACGCCGUGGACCUCGCGGCCAACGGCGUGAACGCGCCGCCGGCGGGCUCUUCGCAGCCGCCGUGCCCCGUGACGGCGUUUGUGUUCGCGAGCCCGCGCGUCGGGGACGGCAACUUCAAGAGGGCGCUGGCGUCGUUCCCGGACCUUCGGGCGCUCCACGUGAAGAACGCCGGCGACAUCGUGCCGACGUACCCGCCGCUCGGGUACGUGGACGUGGCCGUGCAGCUGCCCAUCGCCACGUGGCGGUCGCCGUACCUGAAGCAGCCCGGGACGAUCGCGACGCUGCACAACCUCGAGUGCUACCUCCACGGCGUCGCCGGCGAGCAGGGAAGCGCCGGAGGGUUCAGGCUGGAGGUGGACCGCGACGUCGCGCUGACCAACAAGGGGGAGGACGCGCUCAAGGACCAGUACCCGGUGCCCGUGGAGUGGUGGGUCGCCAAGAACAAGUUCAUGGUCAAGGGCGCCGACGGCCACUGGGCGCUCCAGGACUUCGAGCAGAUCUGA